UGAGUGUUUGGCAGUCAUUGUGUCAGACAUUUGCAUACAAUCAGUGAAACAGUGAAUGAGUUUUUGUUGAUUUAAUUGCAAUUAUAAUCGAUUUGUUUGAUAUAAUAACACAUUAUUUGUGACAUUAAUUGAAAUAAAUAUAAAUUUGAUUGAAUUGUGGUUUUGAUUAACACUUUCGUUUUCAGGUAUAUCGAGAUAUCACUAACUAAUGGUAACUCCGAUGAGUGGUCAGAGUAGUGGUGAACCCGAGGCGUGGGCUAAAGCGAGACAAUCGUUGGCAGAAGUGGUACCUCAGAGGGGACCCGCUGUACCCACUCUCUCGGUGUCGCCUCAGACGCAGAUCUUCUACAACCCGUGGACACAGUCUUCGCCCUAUGGUACUCAAUACGGACGCAAUUACUACAACUUCAACGCCCCUCCCGUCCCCUCCAAUCAGUGGAACAACUCUUUCGUAUCACAAAUCCCUCAAAUGCCGCCAAUCUAUGGAUCUAAUGGUCAAAUUGGAUCCCAAAAUAGCAAUUCUGUCAUCACUUCCCCCUUAGGAUCGAACCAAACCUUGAACUCAAUGAAGGCAACCAACCCUUCACUGAAUCCCAUAACCCCUCUUAGUUCUGCAGCCAAUCCACUCCACAAUGAGUCCAAACAGUGGAGUCUGAAGAGUGAGCCGGGAGUUAGUGUAGAGUCUGUCCCACCAGUUGUGGGUGCCGUGAGUUCGUCGACCCCUGGAAUCCGUUUCCAACUCUCGAAACCGACGCCUACUAUAACCAAACCGAUUAAUAACUCAUUUGCCACGAAAUCCUCACAUAAAGAGUCCGACAAUGACUCGGAUCACAAGAGACACGACCAGAGGAAUAGCAAUGCGAACAAAGCCGACAAGAAGUCGAGUGAGGGUUCGGGCGAAACACCUCAGGAUCAGUGGCCCGAAAGCCUCAAGGAGUACGUGAAUCGAGCCUUUUCUGCGUGUAUUAACGAAAUAGAUAAGGAUAGGAUUGAAAUCAUUCUCAAGGGAAAGCUCACGAAAGCACAUCACGAGGGCGUCCUCUUCACGAAGGACUGGUUGUCGGAACCGUUGCCACAACUCGCCUCUCCUAACAAUAAGAGUAAUUUUAAUGACAAACCAAUCUCUCAAUCGGUGUCAGAAAGGGAUAGAAUGAACAGAAAUAGAGAAUUGGAUCGAAAGCGAAGGCCUAGGAGUAGGAGUCGGUCGCGAUCCAUAUCACCCGACUUUUAUGACUCCCAUUCGCUUUCGCCAAACGAUAGGAAUCGAGACAAAAGGAAAAAGCAGAAGAAGUUCGUUGAAAGCAAUAAUAUGAUGUCUUCGGUGGACAUGAGUCCCAACUCUGAUUUCAUUGCUUUCAACUCAAAACCACAAAAUCGAUUCAAAGCCGAAGUGUUGGCCACUAAUAAUCCGAUGCCUAAGAAGAAGAGGAAAAAUAGAAACCGAAAGAAUAAAAAUAAUAAUAAUAAUAAUCAGUUUGCGAACACAAGCGAACCAAUAAAACAAAUGAAUAUCUCUCCCGAAAGGAUGGCUCUACGGAAGGCCCGCUUUGAAGCGGAGAGUCAGCCCAAAAAGAGUUAUUAUGUCGACUCGAACCCCUAUCUUAACAAUAUGUCAGAAGACAUGUCUUAUGAUUAUUCGAGUGCUAUUGUGGGCACUUGUCUUGACUUAGAGAAAGAGUAUCUUAGGCUAACUUCAGCUCCCGAUCCUUCCACUGUUAGACCCAUUCAUAUACUGAAGCGCUCUCUAGAAAUGGUUAAAAGCCAUUGGAGUCAGAACCAGGACUAUCACUAUGCUUGCGGUCAAAUGAAGUCUAUCCGACAAGACAUAACUGUUCAGUGUAUCAGAGAUUCGUUUACUGUUGAAGUGUAUGAAACUCACGCUAGGAUUGCAUUAGAAAAGGGCGAUCGGGAAGAGUUCAAUCAAUGCCAGAGUCAACUCAAAGUUCUCUAUGAGAGCAUUGAUAGCGUUAAUCGACGCGAAUUUACCGCUUAUCUGAUCUUAUAUUACAUUUUAAUGGAUAAUAAGUCAGAUUUGCAAAUCUUAGUCCGCAAGCUAUCGAGAGAUGAUCUGAACGAUGAGGUAAUAUCACAUGCACUCCGAGUCCGCAGUGCAUGGAAUUUGAGUAAUUAUCAUAAGCUUAUGAGUCAAUACCAAUCCGCGCCUAAAAUGUCCGCUUUUCUAAUGGAUUGGUUCGUCUUAAGACAACGCAAACAAGCGUUUAAAGCGAUCGUCAAAUCAUAUCGGCCCACAAUUCCCGUCUCGUUCUUAAUACAAGAGUUAUGUUUUGCGAAUAGAGACGAAUGCAUCGAUUUCUUAUCGCAAUUCGAGAUUACAGUUCCCAACGAUUCCCUCAUUGAUUGCAAGGCCUCGCAAAACGCUAUCUUUCAGACACCCGACUCAUGAGAUCCCAAUUUUAUGCUUUAUAUUUCGCAACACU